GCCAUUUGUCAACUCACAUUAAAUUUCAUUCUGGUGAACGUCCUUUUUCCUGUCAGGUCUGUGGUGAAUCAUUCUCUCGUGAGGAACACUUGGUGAUGCACUCGAGGUUCCAUGGAGGACUGAGUCCCUACAACUGUCCAGAUUGUGGUGCCGGUUUCCUGCGAAAGUUUGAACUGGUGAACCACGAGCGUCAGCACGGUCGCAACCCUGAAUCGUGCCCGACAUGUGGCAAGGAGUUCCUGCAGAAACGAACGUUAUUAGUGCAUGUGCGCACCUGUGGCAUGACCUCCUCUUUUCCUACAACACAACAGUCCUCGCCACCGCGGUUCUCGGAGGAGACGUCCCCACGGUUCAAUGACAACACACCACCUCGGUUCAGUGACGGCAGCUCUCCACCGCGGUUCACCAAUGAGAACGGUUCACCCAGGUUCUCGGAGAACGGAAACCAGUUCAGGUUCUCCGAGGGGCAGAUGAGGUAUCCCGACGGUACACCAUCUUCUUCACCGAUGCCAAUGCAAGCUCCUAAGGAUAAAGUUUGCAAGGAGUGUGGAGAGAGAAACAUUUGCAAGUGUUGAAGGUCUAGCUCUCCAUCUUCGAUUGCACUUUGGUGACCAUAGUUUCCUAGCGGACAUCUGCAGUCUAGCUGCAUCACUGAAACAAACUGCUGUCAACGUUGCUGCAUCAUUGAAGAAAACACACAUAUGCACAGACUGUGGCAGGGGGUUUACUCAGCGUCAUGGGCUCUUCCAGCACCGGCAGAGGCACGCCAACGGCAGUUGCAAGGAGAAACCCUUCGCGUGUGAGAAGUGCGGGAAGAGUUUCGCUCAAAAGAACCAUCUGACACUUCACGAAAGGCAACACAUGGACCUACCUCGAAAUGGAGUGAUGAAGAGCCAGAUACAGAAGGUGCCUCACCCAAUGCCUGACGAAAGCCAUUUGGAGGACCAGCAAAUGGAGUCGUCAUCGGCCGGCGAGGACAACCCGAGCUCACAAGGUGAAGAAGGAACGAUGGCCAAUUCAUUGAUGCUUCGACAGAAUCAUCGGGAUCACCAACGGGUGGAAAUUAUGAGCAGACAUUCAGCAGACUCUUCGAGUAACGGUAAUCAACGGACCACUCAAGAAGAGAAUAAAGAAAUUCAACGAGCGUUAGCCAACUCGUUGAUGUUACCACAGAACCAUACUGAUCACAGAAUGGAAAUGUUAAAUAGGCACGCUGAACCUACAAGUGAAAGUAGCCAACGGACUACUCAAAGCGAAAAUCGGAAAGAUAUCGAACGAUCAAUGGCCAAUUCUAUUAUGCUUCAACAAAACCACCAGGAUCGGCAACGAGUUGAUCUAAUCAACAGGCAUACAUCAGAAUCUCAGAGAUCAUUGAAUGCUCCGGUUCCCCUUGUACGGAUGCACAAUAGGGUAUCACAGAAUAGCAGUAUGCAGCAGGAUAGUUCUGAGCGUCCCAUAUUACCUUCUCACCAUCACCAUUUGGGUGCCUCCACUCCCCCCUCGGACCAGACCAUAUCCUGCCUGCAUCCUGUGGGCAACAAACAGUAUUAGUGAGGUUUGUGCAUGUUAUUAUAAUUUUAAGUUGGCAAUUGGUUCUUAACCGUUUAACCCGAUAGAUUUAUAAUGUUGUGCUCUUUAAAAAGUGAGUUUUUUUCUAAUUUUGUUGUAAUUGGUGUAGUUGAACAAAACUAGCACAGGAAACCAAAAAGUACAUUUUGUAUGACCACUCUUCAAUAUACACAAAAAAUAUAAAUAUAAAAUGUAUCCAUGAGUUAUGAAAAAUGGAUACAUGCUUACUAACUGCCUGUGAGGUGAAUGAAGAAACAGGAGGUAAUUGAUGGUGUAGGAAGGUUCACUCUUGGGACUAGCAACCUUACAAUAAAAAUUAAGUUGAAAAGGAAUACUCUUAAAUCAAAACACUGCAACAGUAAUUAACUUUUUCCUCAGUUGACAUAUUUGAAGGUUUCUUACUUUUGAUAGUGAAACAGUUGGGACAUUGUCCUCUGUUUUCGCUAUUGGCGCUAUGUUAAAACUGAUAUCUUAAACUAAGAUAGGGUUGAAACAUAUAUCAUACAAAUGGUGAUGGAUCAUUGCUUACUCCUCAUAGUCUGCACAGGUCUCUUUUAGUUUCUUUACUCACCUCUGAGCAAGUAUCAUUCAAAAACAUUUGUGAUAAUUAUUAUUUUUAAUUACUGUAUAUAAUUUGAAGCUUUAAUUUAAUGUAAAUUGUUUGUCGUGUAUGUUUUGUUAAGAGAUUUAGAUUGUAAGGGUCUUAAUUGUACAAAGUUUAUUUGAUGUACAAAUCUACAACGGCUGUCUAGAAAAUAACUUCCUUUAUUCAUUAAAAAUACAAAAAAAUUGUUUUAUAGACAAAUAACGUCAAAACAUCUAACAUUUUACUGCUGUUGGCUUGAAGAUAAUUUGGAAGAAAGAUGUGGGAUAGAUACAACAUGUAAUUGAAACUAAUUAUAAUUGCAUUGUUUGUAAUUUUAGUGAUACUAGUAAGAGAAACGUGCAGUGUCAGGAUAGAAUCACUGGCAGAACAUAAAGCAGUCAAACUGGGCAUAAUCAGCAAAACAUGUUACUUUGGUAUAAACAUCUAGAAGUUUGGGUAAAGUACCCCACUUACUACUCCAGCCACAUCUAGAAAUAGCAGUCGUUUAUCUGUUAGCACACCAGCAGUUGCCAUAGAUGCUCAGAGUCAAAAUAUAGUAAUCGCAACUGAAAUCCAACGUAAUUGAAAUUAUGGAUGAACUUGGUAAAUCCAGACUUCAAGCAUAGGUGAAAAAGAGUAUAAAAUAAGGUCUUAAGCUAAAUCAGUAUCCAAGAAAAGGCAAUUUCCAAGAUUUGAGUCAGAUCCUGAAAAAGCAUUAAGGUAGAGCUUAUUACGUUGUCACUUACGAGGAACGUUUGAUUGGGUUCUUGAACACAGAUUGGUUUAAGUCCUUUAGUCCUCAUAGGCUGCCUGUUUGCAACAAGGCUGUGUCAUUAG